CACAUAAAUUUGUAGUAUAAAAACUUGCUCUAAAGCCUAAAGUUUAUUCUUUUUUUGAUUCUACUUGAUCCCUUUGUUCUCUUUUCUUCAACCCCACCCAACUAAUUUGGGUUCCUUCUCUUUUACCACAAAAAUAACCUUCUAAAAAUCAAAGUGUUCUUAAUCAACAACUUUAUCCAUUUGUACGUUGUAGUUCCUUUAAAUUAUUGGGUUUUAAGCAAAUUAACCAAUCAAAAUGAGGGAUUUUUUGGAUAAUCUAGAGAAAUGUCAACAAUAUAUCAAUUCUUUGGAAGAAGAAAGAAAAAAAAUUCAAGUUUUUCAGCGUGAGCUCCCUCUUUGCUUUGAGCUUGUUACACAAGCAAUUGAGGCAUGUAAGCAACAAUUAUGUGGAACAACAACAACAACUACUACACUCACAACAGAGUGUCUAAAUGGUCAUCAUUCAGAGUGCUCAGAAAAAACAUCUAGUGAUGGUCCAAUUUUGGAGGAAUUUAUGCCUUUAAAAACAUGUUAUUCUUCAGAUGAUGAACAUGAAUCAGAAUCACACAAGCCUCUAAUAAAUAAAUCAGGGAAGAAAUCAGACUGGCUUAGAUCUGUUCAGUUAUGGAACCAAUCCCCAGAUCCACCCACUUCUCAACAGGAAAAUCAGCCGAAAAAAGUAACGGUAGUAGAAGUUAAAAGAAAUGGGAACGGAGGUGCAUUUCAUCCAUUUCAAAAGAACAGUAAUAAUGCAAAUGAAAAUAAUGAUAUUAACAUUAAUAAUGAUAACAAUAAACAACCAAUAUCUACACCGGCGGGCUCGGCUUGCUCGAGCGCUCAGGACGCCGACAUGAUGCCGAGUAGUAACGGCGGCAGUAAGAAAGAAAAAGAUGGACAAGGAGUUAGGAAAGCGAGGAGGUGUUGGUCUGCUGAGUUGCAUAGAAAGUUCGUACAUGCCCUUCAACAACUUGGUGGUUCUCAUGUAGCAACUCCAAAGCAAAUAAGGGAAAUGAUGAAAGUGGAUGGACUUACCAAUGAUGAAGUUAAAAGCCAUUUGCAGAAAUAUCGUCUCCACACAAGAAGACCAAGUUCAACCGUCCCUAACAACACCAAUUCACAAGCUCCUCAAUUCGUAGUAGUCGGCGGCAUAUGGGUUCCACCCCCCACAACCACCGCAGGAGACACCACUGCCACAAUCACAACUCCUAGUAACAUCUAUGCCCCCAUCGCAACCAUGGCAACGCCACCUUCCACAAUGCACCAAUCAUCGGCGCAUAAGCAAGCAAGCCAUUCAAUAUGUGAGGAAAGGGCAGCGAGUCAUAGUGAUGGAGGUGCUCAUUCUAAUUCUCCGGCUACAUCGUCUUCUACGCAUACAACCACGGCUUCUCAUUCACAUUAGUGUGUCUUUUCUAGUGUUAAUUUUACUAUAAAAUUGUAGAUUUUUUGUGUAUGUUACACAUUAGAAAUUUAUUAGAUGUAGCUUUUUUUUAUGAUGAGGAAAUUAAAAGGUACAUAAUUAAGAUGUACGUUGAUUUAUAAAAUGUGGCUUUAGAUUCUUUGUACCAUUUACUUUUUUUUGA